AUGCCAGGGCUCCUAGCACUGGGAGCAUCUAAACCGAGAGGCCGGCUGCCUUUAUGCAAACAGGGCGUCUUCAGUUUGUGGACGCAGCGACUUCACCAGAAACUGGGAGGAGCUGGACCCGGUGAGAAUGAAGCAGAGACUGUGGCCUUAGGGCACUACAUUCACCGGGCCGGUGCUGAGGAGCUGAGGAGAACCAGGGCCCAUCUCCAGCAGCGGGUUUGGUCCAUGGGGGAGCAGGCUGUGCGGCUUCCCCACAGUGUCAACCUUCAGAGGGGAGGGAGAAUGUGA